AUGCAUCACAAGGGCGUGUCCAGCAAGAAGUCCUCCCUCAGGAGUUCCGCCGUUUCUUCGACUCAGGAGGGCGAACAGGGUACAAGUGUGCCGAUGUGUUUCACCGGUAGCGGCGUGGAGGCUUCACCCGAGGAAAUGCAAUCACACACUCCCGGCCACGUUCCGCUGAGCACCGUCGAGAGCGGGAGCUUUCAAACGAUCUACGACAACACCGACGCCGCCCACGAGCACGAACAACGUGCCGGCAGUGCCGGAAGCUGGUUGCAGCGCAAGAUAGACAAGGCGAAGGCGAUGCCUCAAUCGUUGCCAAUGUACAAGACCUACAUCGAGCAUGAGAUAAUCUCGAAGGACCCGAAUGUGGUUCGCGGCCGUUCCUCGCGCCCAAAGCUCAACAGGCGCGCACGCCGCUUGGUGACUGUGCUCUUCUGCAUUGUGGUGGCCGUCGCCGCCAUCUACGGCUCCAACAGGCUGAUCAACUGGGUUGAGGACCGCCGUCACGCGAGCAGCGACGACUCCACCAUGCGCGAGGUCGAGGUGAUGCGCCUGAAGCAGACCAUGGAAGCCAUGCGCAUCGAGAUGAACAAACUCAAGGAGGCUGCCUACGCCAACUCAGUUGCGAUCAACGGCAUCACCAACGGCGUGUUCCGUCUUCCCGGCACCGACGAUGCCGCGGCCAAGAAGCUCAAGUUCGGCAAGGGUAACUCGCCGAUCAGCCAGGGGCCAGCUCCACAGAACUUCGACACACGCCACUUCGCAAACGCAAUGACCGUGCAGGGCAACGAGAUAGUACCCGAGGUCGACCUCAACCCUAUAAAGCACGAGGCGGACAUCCGCUAA